UCGCAACCUUCAUGGCAAUAACGCAAUGCAAUAUUAUAAGGACAACUAUGGCCUCCCUCCUCACCGAAAUCAGUAAAUAGCAAGUUUGGCAGACAAAGCUCUGCAACACUUUGUCGGGCUGGCUCAUGGCUACUCUACUCUCAGCUGCUGCCAGAAGGUUAGAAGGGAAGGUGGCGCUGAUCACGGGUGGCGCCAGGGGGAUUGGCGAGUACACUGCCAGACUCUUCUCCAAGCACGGAGCUAAACUGGUGAUCGCCGAUGUCCAGGAUGAUUUGGGUCUCUCUGUUUGCAAAGACCUAUCUGAUUCCUCCUCCUACGUCCACUGCGACGUCACCAAGGAAAAAGACGUCGAGAACGCCGUCAACACGGCGGUUUCCAAGUACGGGAAGCUAGACAUCAUGUUCAACAACGCCGGAAUAAUAGACGGGCCGGCAUCCAGCAUAGCGGACUCCGAGAAGAGCGUUUUCGAGAAAGUGAUCGGCGUUAACUUAGUGGGUUCUUUUCUGGGAACCAAGUACGCGGCGAGGGUGAUGAUCCCCAGAGGGAAGGGCUCCAUAAUUUCGACGGCGAGCGUGAGCGGAAUCAUGGGGGGUGUCGGCACAUGCGCGUACAUUUGUUCGAAGCAUGGGGUGAUCGGGCUGAUGAAGAACGCAGCGGUGGAUCUUGGGAGAUAUGGGAUUCGAGUGAACUGCGUGUCGCCGUAUGCGGUUCCGACGCCGAUGACUAGGACUUUUCUGAAGAUGGACGAUGAGGGAAUUGCAGAGCUCUAUUCUAAUCUGAAAGGGACUGCUCUUGCGGCCCAAGAUAUUGCAGAAGCAGUUCUUUAUCUGGGCAGUGAGGAGUCCAAGUAUGUGAGUGGUCAUAAUCUUGUGGUGGAUGGUGGCUACAGUGUGCUCAACGCUGGCUUGAGCAAUUAUUGAUCAAUCUCUCCAGAUUCUACAAUUUUCAUUUACUUGGGAUGCUUCCUCCAUCUGAAUCAUCAUACUGCGACACCAUCCGUCUCGCCAGUUCAUGUCAGUGAAUUAAUCUCUUAUCACUCCUCGACAGUUUGGGAGAAAAUUGAUCUAGAUUGAAUUUUAUGUUUUUUUUUUGUCGUUAUCUUAAAAUAAGAAGUUAUAUAAAAAAUAGAUUUGUGUUUAAUAACUUCAUAUCAUUCGAUUAUGUGCAGUUUAUAUACUUUAAUAUUCCUU